GCUUUGCCCGCGCGGGCUGGAUCCUUUAGACUGCUGCUUUAAAACGCCGAAAGCGUUCGCCCUUGAGAGUUUUAGAACUAGGGUUAGGGUUCGUUUUGUUCUUCCCCUCCUGUACUGUCUCCCGUCUUCCUUGACUCUUUCUUAACCAUGGCGGAACAGACUGAGAAGGCAUUUCUGAAGCAGCCCAAGGUGUUCUUAUGCUCGAAGAAAUCUGGGAAGGGGAAGCGGCCUGGAAAAGGUGGCAAUCGCUUCUGGAAGAGCGUUGGCUUGGGAUUCAAGACACCCAAAGAAGCCAUUGAAGGAGCAUACAUUGAUAAGAAAUGUCCUUUCACUGGUAAUGUUUCAAUCAGGGGUCGUAUCAUUGCUGGCACUUGCCAUAGCGCCAAGAUGAUGAGGACCAUUAUUGUUCGUAGAAACUAUCUUCAUUAUGUCAAGAAAUAUCAAAGAUAUGAGAAGAGACACUCAAAUAUUCCAGCACACAUCUCACCUUGUUUCCGUGUGAAGGAAGGAGAUCAUGUUAUUAUUGGCCAGUGCAGGCCGUUGUCAAAGACCGUCAGGUUCAACGUUUUGAAAGUUGUUCCCGCUGGAUCUUCAGGCGGAGGUGGGAAGAAGGCUUUUGUAGCCAUGUGAAGUUUGUCUUUUAGUUCCAUGAAUGAGAUAAGUGUUGUCUUAGGUUUUACUAUUUUGUGAGAUCUUUGCAGCUUUGAAUGGAUUCAUGAUUUGAUAUUCUUGUAGACUUUCUCAUUUCUUUCUUUGUUAAUUAUAUGGUGAAGUUUUGCAAAUUUUAUAAACACAGAUUCUGAAAGGGAUGGCAAUAUUUUACAGUUGUGUAAUUUAUUGCUUUAUGUUGAGUUCUUUUGAUAAAAAUGACUCCUGUGUUGGGAAAUGUAUCUCUAAAAUUCUAAUGUGGUCUGUGGAUUCUGGAUGAACCUGCUUGAUAUGUGGAAUGAGAGUUUCUUAUGUGAUAUUUUGACAAAA